AUGGUGACUCAAGGAACCGAGUUUAAGAUCCGGCGGGAUAGAGAGUCCUGCACAACAGCUCAGCAAGUUACCAAGGUUUGCAGGAUUCCGAUCCAUGCCGAACUUUCGUCAAGUAUGCAAUCGGCUAGCGCUGGUGUUGGACCAGUCAAAGACAAGAACGAAGUGGGGUCACCCUUGAAUAGUCGCACAGAGGAUUACUUGGAAAGCUCUAUGGGCUUCACUGAGAAGCCAAAGGAUGCAAAAAGAUGGAUGUUCACGAGAAACAUCGCAAAUACACCAUCCCUGAGCGUUUUUAAUGGUACACAGCGGAUGCAGCCGAAAUCGAUUGAAGACUGGUUUGGUCAACGUAAGCGAGUUACGUCGGAACGUCUUGACUCGUGGGCCAUCAGGGGCUAA